AUGAUCGGGCCGGAUCUAGACAUGACCUUUCAGACCCAACUGCAGAAUUUCGAUGGCUUCUCGAAUAAUCAGAAUACUCUACCAACCGAGCUCUGGGAGCAAUUUGGCCAGAGCGGUCGGACUCAGACUUUACCCACUAUCGGCUGCUUUGACAACAAUUUUCUUGACAAGCUGUUCCAAACGCCUACCAUUCCUUCGUCUGCCGACGAGUCUUCAAGACCUACGUCAAACGCACAAUCGCCCACAAGGACUACAAAAGGGGUUCGAACAGACAACGAGAUUCUGGGCCAUACUGCUAUGCUCUCGAGCAUGCCUCAACACCAGAGAGCCAUAGAGGCUUCUCCCGUUCAUAGCGGGCAAAUGUCAAGCGAGCUUGCCAGCCCACAUACAAAAUCUGUCUCCUCCGAAGACAUCAAGCUCUAUACGACACAGAUCCUCGACUUGCACAGACGCUCGACAAGAGAUGCUGAUGAAUACAUGGCGACCCGACACUCCUCGCCCGAUAUCUAG